AUGAACCCGGCUCACAGUCUUUCACAUUCAUAUUUUUUGAUGCCAUAUAACAGUCUUCAACCAGCCACGCCACCUUCGACAAAAGGUGUGCAGCUAAGGCAUUCCCAGCACGUCUUCAACAUUCACUACGAGCAGUUGAAGUCACAGGACUCCCCUCGGAAAGCAGCGAUUUACCGUUUCUCCAUUGUGUCUUCCAUCACUGUGGUGGAUGGACCGAUCUGCUGUGGUCAGAGUGUUACCGUUUGUCAGUUUGUGUAG